AUGACCGUGUCAAGCGUUCAACGAUCUCAACGUGAAGCGAUGACGUUGACGAUUAACGAAAUCGUGGCGCAUCUUGUCGAAGCUCAUCGAGAACGUCGUGAUGUGAACCUGAAUCGGUUGAAAUGUAUCGCACAGAAAUAUGGUCUAACCUCGCAGCCAAAAUUGGUUGAUAUAAUUGCUGGAGUCCCUAAUGAAUUCAAGGAUGUACUUUUGCCCAAGUUGAAGGCGAAACCUGUACGAACUGCUUCUGGAAUUGCUGUUGUAGCAGUGAUGUCGAAACCUCAUCGUUGUCCUCAUAUCAAUUUCACCGGAAACGUAUGUGUAUAUUGUCCUGGUGGUCCUGACUCAGAUUUUGAGUAUUCAACGCAGAGCUAUACCGGAUACGAACCAACAAGCAUGCGUGCCAUUAGGGCGAGGUAUGAUCCCUAUUUGCAAACACGAGGAAGAAUUGCCCAACUUAUGCAGCUUGGACAUUCCAUCGAUAAGGUUGAGUUCAUAGUAAUGGGUGGUACGUUCAUGUCUCUACCAGAUGAUUACCGAGACUGUUUCAUCCGUAAUCUGCACGACGCUCUUAGUGGUCAUACUUCAAAUAAUGUUAAGGAGGCAGUCGCGUACUCUGAGCGCAGCAAGAUAAAAUGCAUUGGUAUUACCAUCGAAACACGGCCAGACUAUUGCAUGCCGCGUCAUCUUAAUGACAUGCUUCUUUACGGAUGUACCAGGUUAGAGAUCGGAGUUCAGUCAACCUAUGAGGAUGUUGCACGAGAUACUAAUAGAGGCCAUACCGUUAAAGCGGUCUGUGAGACUUUUCAUAUGUCAAAAGACACUGGCUAUAAAGUGGUAAUCCAUAUGAUGCCUGACCUCCCAAAUGUUGGCUUAGAACGCGACAUAGAACAAUUCGUGGAACUAUUCGAAAAUCCAGAUUUUCGUCCUGAUGGUCUGAAGUUGUAUCCUACCCUCGUUAUCAGAGGUACAGGGUUGUAUGAAUUGUGGCGGACUAGAAGAUAUAAAAGUUAUCCACCAUCGGUAUUGGUUGAUCUCAUAGCACGUAUACUUUCGAUCGUGCCUCCAUGGACACGUGUCUAUCGAGUUCAGCGCGACAUUCCCAUGCCUCUGGUGUCAAGUGGAGUAGAACAUGGAAACCUUCGAGAACAUGCAUUGGCGCGCAUGAAACAGCUUGGAUUAGUGCGUUAUGUUCUAAACAUACGAAGAAGCUCAUCCAGUGAAAUCCACAACAAAAUUCGCCCAUAUGAUGUCGAACUUAUUCGAAGGGACUACGUUGCAAAUGGCGGUUGGGAAACGUUUUUAUCGUAUGAAGAUCCAGAUCAAGACAUAUUGAUUGGCCUGCUGCGGUUGAGAAAAAUCUCAGAUAAAGCACAUCGAUCUGAGUUGAAAGGUCGAACUUCAGUAGUGCGAGAACUUCAUGUGUACGGCUGUGUAGUAUCUGUUUCAGACAGAGAUCCUUUAAAAUUUCAGCACCAGGGUUUCGGUCAAUUACUUAUGGAAGAGGCGGCGCGUAUUGCCUAUUUUGAGCACAAAUCGGAAAAGAUCGUUGUCAUUUCUGGUGUUGGCACAAGGGAUUACUACAGAAGGCAGGGUUUCGAAAAGGAUUUAGUACGGUAG